AUGUCUACACAAAAAGCCGUUGUUCACGCUGAAAAGGGCGUCUCUGAACUUCGGAGUGACGUCCCUCUCCCCAAGAUUCAGGACAAUUUCAUCAUCGUCAGGACAAAAGCCGUAGCUCUUAACCCUACAGACUGGAAGAGCAUCGAGAACACACCGUCCAAGGGAGCCAUCGCUGGAUGCGACUAUGCAGGCAUCGUUGAGGAAGUAGGCAGUGGCGUGAAGGAUGUCAAGGUUGGCGACAGAGUAGCCGGAUUCGCACGAGGGGGCGAUCCAGCAGACCACUCCAACGGUACCUUCGCCGAACACACCAAAGCCAAAGCCGGGAUCCACGCUAAGAUCGCCGAAAACAUCUCCUGGGAAGACGCUUCAACCCUCGGCGUUGGCAUCACCACUGUAGGACAAGGCCUGUACCAAACCCUUGGCCUGCCUCUUCCGCCCGCCAAAGUCUCAGAGCCCACGCCAGUCUUGAUCUACGGCGCCUCAACCGCCACAGGAACGCUCGCUGUCCAAUUUGCUAAACUUUCUGGCGCAAAGGUUUUCGCGACUGCGUCGCCGCACAACUUCGAUCUUGUGAAAAAGCUCGGCGCUGACCAUGUCUUUGAUUACAAAGACCCUGGGUGCGGAGAAAAGAUCCGUAAAAUUAGCAACGACAAGCUCAAGCUCGUUUUCGAUUGCAUUUCCGAGCACGGUUCUGAGAAGAUCUGCGCUGCAGUAAUUGGCUCAGCAGGCGGUUACUAUUCUGGGCUCUUGCCUGGGCCACUGAAGGACUUCCCGCGCCAGGAUGUUAAGCAUGGCUGGACGUUUGCGUAUACGGCGUUAGGCGAGAAGUUCAAUGAUAAGGUGCCUGCUAAGCCAGAGGAUUAUGAGUUCGGCGUUAAAUUCUGGAAGGCGGCCGAGGAGCUGUUCAACAGUGGAAAGAUCAAGGCGCAUCCUACGCUGGUGAGGGAUGGGUUGGAGGGUGUGCCGCAGGGGUUGAACGAUCUGAAGGACGGGAAGGUCUCUGGUAAGAAGUUGGUGUAUAGAGUUGUCUAG